AGGUAAGUACUUGUGCUCGUAUUCAGCCUGCUAAAAAGUGGUAAAACACUAACACUGGUACUUUUGGAACAUUUAGGGUGAUUAGAUCCAUAGAUGUGUUGUUUUUCCGGAAGUGGUAUCGUUUGGUCAUGGCGUCGAGCUUGACAGGCUGGUCCCACCAUCGCACACCGCCACAACAGCUGGGGGAGGAUUUCCGAGCCCGUCACAGCGAAGAUGGUGGCAGCUCCAGGCGUGUAGAUGUUCGUACGCCCGGAUAACACGCAAACCAGCAACGAGAGUUAACCCCGCGGAUAGAUAAAACCGGCGUUUUCGUUUUAGCUCCAGCAAGAGGGUUGUAAAAAAAGGGAGGCGACAAGCGGCUCACUGAAAAGGACCCGCACACACGCUUCAGCGUGCACUCCUGUGUGUAUUGGACACACACAUACACACGAACUAGUGCCAUCCAGACCCCGAGGAGUUGGUUCCGAUAAGUUUGCUCUCUGUUGUUGGCUGGUUUUGGAUCGUUUUCACAAGGAUAUGCGCGAGGGUUUCCUCUUUUUUGCUCUGGGGAUUUUUCACUUCUUCUUCGCCCAGGGGGGAUGUGAAGGGAGGAAAUCGAGCUCCAAAUAACCGCAGUUCUCACUGUGUCCCCUCUCUAAACGCAGGAAAUACGGCCUGGGGAAAAACUUUUUUUGGAGACGGGGUCUGAGGCUGACGGUUUGCAUGACUUAAAUCUUUACAAGAUUUUUACCCUCACCACACCUCUGGAAUCCAACGCCGCUGGAUAUACGGAGAAAAGUCUUCGAAUGUUAAAUCCUGGGUUGUGUUGUUACUAUUGCAAAGAGCUUUGAUCAUCACUAUUUAUAGAGCAGCCUCGACCCAGGCUGUUCCUCGUAUCUUGUAUGUUUUGCCAACUGCGCGCAACAAGUUGCAGUCACUCCCAGUUGAGUCAAAGCGACGCUAAUUUGGGCCAGUGGUUGGUAUUUUCAGCGCUUCUCUUUUCGGAUUACGCUCUCGGAAUAGCACAUACCUCUCCCAACCCUCUUUGGAAGGUAGCGGGGGCGGAGGGGGGACACACGGAGGAGAUCCGGAGCGGGAGUUCAGGAAAGGACGGGGCUGGAUCUGUGGGAAUAGGCCUGCCUGUCUGCCAGGCCUCGUAUGCGAGCUGGAUUCUGGUCAUGGAUUGGGCUCUGAAAUUUUGCUGUCAGGAAGAUUUAUAAGACUAAAGAUGGAAGGAAUGAAUGCACGGAAAUCCAAUUGUCCAGCACGCUGCUUGAGAAGGAAUGCAGAAGGUAAAAUUGCCUGACCCAGAAACGAACUCUUUUUGUUCUAUUUUGAAGACUGGACUAUUAUAUUUUUGAAUCUUUACACCGCGUCGCAUUUUCCUAACUUUUCAUCAUGCUGCUGCAGAGGUGGAGUUUUUAAGAGGCUACAGAGUGAAGGUGCCAUUUGUUGCAGAGUUCCAAGGGACCGUUUCAAAUUUUGUACACAUCACCAAGACGCAUGACAGCCUACAUCUGGAUGUGCUUUUGCAACGCCACCAUGGAUGAUCAAUGUUGGAGAUGGACUGAUUAGUGACUGCUGUUUUACUGUGGAGAAACUCAGUCUGAAGCACAAAUGCUCUUUGCAGAGUGAUUCUUGUGAUGUGAGUGAUGACGCAAAUCCAGGGUCUCAUCAUGAGCAGCUCAAUAAGCUGGAACGGUAUGAGUGAGCUUUUCAGCCUCUGUGUGCGGAGUAAAGACGUCUGCGCCUCAUGCUCAGCACUGUAAGUGUGACUAUUCCAGCGAAAACACCUUUGAGCCCCUAGCCCCUAUCCUUCCCUCCCCACAGUGCCACAUGUGAACACGCAGCGCCCACGCAACACGUCUAAUUGCCUGAGGACCAUCCAAAGCUAUUAAUAUUUAACUCCACUCCCGCACCCCUCCUUUUCCCGCGUCAAUAUGGCCACGCUGCAACAGCACCGGCAGCUUCUCACGCACACCACAGAAGUGAGUUGCAAUUCCAACAGAGAUGGAGAUGUGACCGUACGGAUUACUAAGAGUAUGCUGACGCCACCCGUGCAACAGCAUGAGCCGGUUCGUCCCGCCACCAUUGCCGGAGGAGUCCGAGGCCGUGAGGAUAGAAGUAAAAUGAACCCUAACCUCCACAAAUACAGUAUUUCCUCCAGCUGCAGCUCCGCAGACUCUAGACUGGCUACGACCUCCACAACGAGGGUGCACACGAAGGCACCGCCACUGUUUGAGCGCUCCGCUGCCCAAUGCUGGGACCCCAAGUUUGACUCCCCCAUCCUGGAGGAGGCGUGCCAAGAGAGGUGCUUUCCUCAGACUCAGCGGCGUUUUCGAUAUGUCCUGUUCUACCUGGCGGUGGCUGCUGUGCUCUGGGCCAUUUAUUUUACCGUCAAUAGUGACCGCUGCAACCCCGUGACUUUCCUGGCUCCCACGGCCUCCUUUUUAGUGCUCCUAGCACUCCUCUUCUUGUUCACCUUAACUCAUUACUACGCGCAACUGUACAACCAAACAUCGUUGCUCCUGAUUGCAGUUACCUUCGCCAUCACUUUGGCCCCGCAGAUACAGACCGCCGGCUACACUGAGCUAGAGUGGGCUCACCAUGCAAAUGCUUCAUACCAUUUUCCAGAUUUGCCUUUGUCCCCUUGUAUCUCCCCAGUGGCUACCUUUUCUUUGUGUAUCGAGGUCCUCUUGUUGUUGUACAGUGUUCUCCAUGUGCGUCUGUAUGCUUCGGUGAUGCUGGGGUUCUUAUAUUCGAUAUUAUUUGAGGCAUUAGGGUGGCUACCAUUGCUUCACAGAAGCUAUGAUGCGACUGAACGGGAGACGAAUUUGGGGAGUUCCGGCUCCAAUUGGGAAACAGACACUCUCCGGUGGCUGGCUCCCGCCAAAGCGCUGCUUCACUUGUGUGUCCACGUCAUCGGUAUCCACUUGUUCAUUAUGUCAGAGGUGCGCUCCCGCAGCACCUUUCUCAAAGUGGGCCAGGCCAUCAUGCAUGGCAAGGACCUUGGGGUGGAGAAGGCUUUGAAGGAGCGUAUGAUCCACUCUGUCAUGCCUCGACGCGUCGCAGACGAACUAAUGAAGCAGGGUGACGACGAGGGCGGCGGGAGUGAGAACUGUGGCAAGCGUUAUUCCUCUGGUACCUGCUCUGCGUCAGCUGUCUCAGUGGGCAGUGGAGGAGGUGUCGGUGGAGCUUCGCCAUCACAAAAUUCCACCGGUCCCAAGAACUACCCACAUAACAACCACAAACCCAAGAAGACCUCCAUCCCACGAGGACAGAUAAUAUUUCGACCUUUCAACAUGAAACGCAUGGAACCUGUUAGUAUCCUUUUUGCGGAUAUUGUGGGCUUCACGAAAAUGUCUGCCAAUAAGUCUGCACCGGCCUUGGUCGGUCUACUCAAUGAUCUCUUUGGACGCUUUGACCGUCUUUGUGAACUAACCUGUUGUGAGAAGAUCAGCACCCUGGGUGAUUGUUAUUACUGCGUCGCAGGUUGCCCUGACCCUAGACCUGACCAUGCCUACUGCUGUGUGGAGAUGGGUCUUGGUAUGAUCCAGGCCAUCGAACAAUUUUGCCAGGAGACAUGUGAGACUGUCAGCAUGCGUGUCGGUGUCCAUACCGGCACUGUUCUGUGCGGGAUUCUUGGAAUGAAACGCUUCAAGUUUGACGUAUGGUCCAAUGAUGUCAAUCUGGCUAACUUGAUGGAGCAGCUUGGUGUGGCGGGCAAGGUCCAUCUGUCUGAAGCCACUGCUCAGUUCCUGGAUGACCGUUACAAGCGGGAAGAUGGCCGAGUGGUGGAGCGAGCCGGGGAGAGUGUGGUGGAGAAGCUGAAGGGCUUGAAAACCUACCUGAUCUCAGGAAGGAAGUUAGGACACGAUGUGCAGUACGGCUGUUCUCAGAUGGAAACUGACUUUGUUGGGAUGAGCCUGCCCGCUUGUACACAGUACCAUGCUCCUGAAAUCAUCCACGGAAGUGACCAAGCUGCUGAACCCUUGCUGCCCAACCAACCACCAGACAAGACAGCGCAACCAUCUGUUUCCCGCCUUGAGGUCAGUUCUUCAGCAGCAGAGCAGAGUGAUGAAGUAGCUGCCCAAAACGGCUGCCAGGAUGAGCACAAGAUUAACAGUGCUAAGUUCAUUCCAGGUAACAGCCUCAGGACGGCCAAUGGCCUCCUGAGCCCCACACUGGAUGAUCCAGUGAGGGCAAGUCAGAGCUCUUUGGGCGACAUACUCCAGGAGAAAGAGAAGAAGACGAGCACGAGCACGAUGACCGGCGCCAAUGUUGCCAUGGCAGUUGGCGCUGGACCACCGGGGACAGGCAUGGAACACUCUGCCCUUAUUCAGCUGCGCGACAAGAACAUUCGAGAAAAGAGCGACGUCCACUUUGUCGAUGUUAUCAGAGAGGACAGUCUGAUGAAGGAUUAUUUUUUCAAACCACCCAUCAACAAGAUCAGCCUCAAUUUUCUAGACCAACCCCUGGAGACAGCAUAUCGCAGCAGCUACAAAGACGAGGUGAAAAACCAGGUCCAAGAACAGACCUUUGCAAGCUGCACGUUCAGCUCUUUCCUUGACGUUCUUUUGAGCUGUUUUGUCUUCUUGGCCCUCACGCUGGCAUGUUUCCUCCCCCCACUGGUGAGCUCAGCCACUGUCAGCCCCCCAUCUUCUGCGUCGCUUGCUGUGGCCCCUCUGGCCGGCCUGUUGGAGCUGGCCUCUUUGGUGCUCUCAAUACGCAUGGCCUUCUAUCUGGAGGAAGUGAUGAGCUGUACCCAUUCCCUGCUUUUGGUGGUAUCGGGCUGGGCCGCUCGUCACAUAAUUGGGGCAGUGUUGGUCUCCCUACCGGCUGUUUCGGUCUUGUCCCACCUGACCUGCGGUGUCCAGCUACCUCUCCAGCUGACAAUGUUCUUGUGCUGUGCCACUAUCAUCGCCAUCAUCCAGUACUGUAACUUCUGUCAACUCAGUUUUUGGAUGCGUUCGAUUCUGGCCACUGCUUCUGGGAUCACCAUGUUGCUGUUACUGUACAGCCCUAUGCACAGCUCCAGUAAUCACAACUUAGCAGUUCAUGGAUCAAACAUCUCCAUAUCCCCAAAUGUUGGGUCAACUUCACGGUCAGACCAGGACCCUUCUCUAAGACCUCAUGAUCUUCUGGUGCCAGAAGCGGUUCUUGCCUUCUUUCUACUUCUUCUCCUUGUGUGGUUCCUAAACCGGGAGUUUGAGGUCAGCUACCGUUUGCAUUACCAUGGCAACGUGGAGGCUGACAAGCACCGCUCCAAGAUUCAGACCAUGCGGGACCAGGCAGAGUGGUUACUUGGCAACAUAAUCCCCAUCCAUGUUGCUGACCAGCUCAAGGUAACACAGAGCUACUCCAAAAACCAUGACAGUGUGGGUGUGAUCUUUGCCAGUAUCGUGAACUUUAGUGACUUCUAUGAGGAGAGCUACGAGGGUGGGAAAGAGUGCUACCGUGUUCUCAAUGAGCUAAUUGGGGAUUUUGACGAGCUCCUUCGAAAAAACGAAUUCAAGAGCGUGGAAAAAAUCAAGACAAUCGGCUCCACUUACAUGGCGGCAUCUGGACUGAAUGUCCAGCAACUGGGGGAGAAUGAAGAGGACGCUCCGCACGCUCACCUGAGGGCGCUUUUCAACUUUGCCCUGGAGAUGAUGGGCGUACUGGAUGACUUCAACAAGAACCUGCUGGGCUUCGGUUUCAAGCUCCGCAUCGGAUUCAACCACGGCCCACUGACGGCGGGGGUGAUCGGCACCACUAAGCUGCUGUAUGACAUCUGGGGAGACACGGUCAACAUUGCCAGCCGCAUGGACUCCACUGGUGUGGAGUGUCGGGUGCAGGUGAGCGAAGAAAGCCACGCUGUGCUCAGUGCCAUGGGAUUGGACUUUGAUUACAGAGGUACUGUGAAUGUGAAGGGAAAAGGCCAAAUGAGGACCUUUCUGUUCCCUAAAAAUGGGGACUGCAUGUGCCAAGAUCAACAGGAGCUCAAUGCCAGGGAAGGACCCUCGCCAGCGGCAUCAUUGACAAACACUCAAUCAGCUGUUGCCCAGGCAACCGUCCCCCAGCCUCCCUCCUCUCCGUCCACAUUUCCACCAUCUUUACCAUGUGUGGUAAGGUCCAAGACCAUCUCGGCUUCGUCCGCAGAAGUGGGGAAGGAAGGCUAUAGGGACCCUUCACACCAAGCUGGGGAAUCAUCCACCAAAGACCAUCCCUUCCUUCAUGCCAUCUCUGACCCCGUAGCAUCAGAAGGUGCGCAAGUGCCCGCUCAGGUGCAGUCACGUGGCAAGGAUGCAGAUGAGCUAACAAGACUCAAUGAGGAGUUUUACGCCCGCCUCUGAUCCUCUUUAUCCCCCCAUCCCAUUUUUUGUUGUUGUUUCAUUUGGUUUUUGAUUUAUCCCUCUGCUGCCCUGAGCUGCUAUCACUCCAAGUUAUUGCUGGUCCAGGCAAUAUGUCCCUUCCUCUUGGCAAGUCAUGAAGAAGAGGAAAAUGGUUGAGGUAAAAGAGGAAAAAUCGCUACAUACAUUGUUAAAUGGAAUUUAAUGUUGCAGUAGACUGAAUUUGUGUUGAGCACAGAAGAGAAGAAGGAUGAUGGGCAAAAGGGGCAAAACCAUAUUUUGUUGUUGUUUUUUUAAAAUCACAUUAUUAUUAAGUGCCUUCAGGACUAGAGCCGAACAAAUUUGAAUACUGAACAAAGGUUAACAGUCUUUGUGUAUGUGUGUGUGUGUGGGUGUGUGUUGUUUUUUUUAGCCCAUAAGUAGACACUGAGGUUUCUUACACAACACUUUCAUUUUCAGUGCAAAAAAAAAAUUAACAAUUGUUGUGCCAUAUCAUUCUAACUUGAUCUUGAGCUUACGGGGAAAUAAUUCUAGAUUCAUAAUAAUAGGUGCCAGUGCAGCAUUACAGGAUGAGCAGGGAACUAUGGGAAGAAUGAGGGAAUUACAUGAAGCAGUGUUAACUUUUUCUAUGUUUUCUACUUUGACAUGAGGGCUAUAUACAGUAUUCACUUGUGCUCAUGUUUUAAGAGAAUAUGCUACAAAGCAGGCUGCAUAGAUUUGAUGGAGUUGGAAAUGCACAUUUAAGCACAGGUCUUGCACAAUGUUUUUUUUUUUCCUCGACCACUUAUUUUUAGAAGUGAAAUAGCUAAAACAAAAUGUAUUUUCUCUUGCCAAGUAAAAUCAAAAGCACAAAUAUAAAAUAACAUUUAAAUUAGGGCAAAAAGGGAGAACAUCACAAAUGGCAGGAAGGCACUUUAACUAGACUUGAUACUGUGACCCAAGAUCUAUCUUAUGUGCAUGAAAUACUCGCCGUUGAUUUAAAAUAGAACUCAUUGCCGUUCAAAGGAAACAGUCACACAACAAACUGCACAUCUUUGCAGUCUGACUACUUUUGCAAAAAAUCCGAAUAACAAAUGACAUCCGUGCUUCUGGUGAACAACUUUAAACAGUCAUCUGGUGGUGCCUAUGCAAGUGCAUGGUAUUGAAAAGAUUCUAAGUGGAGUGGAGCAGUAAGUACAUCUAGUGAGGGGACAAUCACUGUGUAGACAGCGAUUGUUCACUUUGAAGAAACAAAUCACAGAACAUUCAUUUAUUGCCUUAGGCGGGGGGAAAUAACACAUUGGUCAGUUUGCCUGUCAUAUUUAUUCAAUAUUUCCAUGUUUUCUCUUUUAUUCUAGAAUUAUUGUUAAUUGUGUGGGACACAGCCUCGAAAUUGGGGGGGGGGGGCUCUACUGCACCGAUGGAUUUCAUAUUGUGCCACUUUAAUUGUGUGAUCUUUAGGUGCGUCAUAGCCUCAAUUAGUUGAUUGUUUUGUGGUGCCUAAAGGUAUGAGUGUCUUUUUGAGGAGAUUGCUUUUCUGAAUGUAUGGUAGAAAUCUGAGAAUAGACGGUUGUAUGUUGGAGGUGGGCGGAGGCUUUUGUGCAAAUGUAUCUGCAUUUCUUCUGAUAAUUGAGAGUUUUACCAUUUUUUCACCCCUCAUUAACUGCCUGCCUCGGUUAACGUGGUGGCGCACCGCCUGCAUCAACCGAAGCACUUGUCUUUUAUGCGUGAGAGAGUUUUCCUUGAAGUCAAUAAUGUUGAUAUAAUCGCUGCAACGAGGCGCAAAAGGAAAUCAAUCUGCCACUGGGCCACUCUUGGACUGAUUGCAGCGGAUUGGGCAAUAGCCUGCAUUGAUAAGAGGGUCACUAUAUCCAUGGACUCUGGCAGUCAAUAUCAUACAUAGACUUUUAAUCCUGCACCAUUGUAUCCUUUGAAAACAACCCCCCCACACACACAAAAAACAAACAAACAAAAAACUGAAAUUCUUUUUGUGUAUUUAACUUACGUAAUACAAUUGGGUGGAACCGGUUCUUCUAAAAAUAUUAAUUGAAGUCACUGCUUGUCAUCAAUACACAGGAUUCAAAAAUGCAGAGUUAAGGAAGCUGUCAGAAAUGAUUUAUCGUAUUCAGUACCUUAGGCCUUGUGCACUCCAAACUGUACUACUAGUGCCUUCUGAAUGAAAUACCAUUGAGGCUACAUCAGUGUGUAGCCCGUGGUUACGCAUUACAUCACGACAAUGCAAGUACAUUUCUCUGCGGUAUAAAGUCUUUGGAGAAACAAUAGUCAGAGUCACACAAAGUGAAUUAAGUAUGGGUUGGAAGCCUUGUCUUCCUCUUAUUUUUUCACUGUCUCUUUUCAUCAACUUUUAGCCUCUCAAUACAAUUGCAGCCAAGCAGAAUGAGAAUACCGGUACCUGUAUCAGGUUGAAGGAUCAUUUGGCAUCAGUUUAAUUAAAUCGGUGGUGUUGCAGCAAGUCUCUGGAAUAGACAAAUUCCACAGCUGGGGUCAAAAAUAUAUUUUCAAUUUUUUUUUCACAUUUGCUUGAUCUGUUAUACGAAUAAAAGUAGAAUAUACAUCAUCAAACCUUGCAGGAUGCAAGACAAACAUGGUUCACAGAGCCUGACUCUGAAUGACCCCUCAGGAUUUUCGCACCGCACUCUUCGUUUCAGCGUCACUCAUUUGGCAAAUGUUUUGAAUGAAUGUACUGUAUUGGAUAACUCUGCAAACAUUGCAAGUCCCGCAGUUUGGCUCAUUUAAAGGACACUAUUGAUUGAUAGUGUGUAUUGCAAGAGCUGUUUUGCAGAAAAAGUAAUGUGGCCUUUGUUUAAUACCCCUCACAACCCGCCCCCCCCCUUCCCCCCACACAAUGCUUGUUGCAUUACACAAAUAAGGCACCACAUUUUGUUGGGCCAGCAAAAUAAGGAACACGCAAAAUCAGCAUUUGUUAAAACCAAUGCAACAACACAAUCACAAUUUGUCAAAUGAAUGUGGACACGUUAUCAAUAAUUAACCCUUAAUUUUCGUGUAUUUGUUUUUUUGUUUUUGUUUUUUAAGUACACUGGGGCAAAAAUGAGAGCUGUUUGACAACGCUUUUUCCUUUAUGCCUUGGUUUAAUGCUCAUGAGAUGUAUUAUGUAUGUUUUGAGCACGUUAUCCAUUUUCCUAUAUCAACACAUGAUCAUUAUCUGUAUACAUUUUGCACACAGCACUCAAUGUUUGUACAUAUGCAAUCAGUUUGUCGCGUAAUUGUUUUUAUACAUGAGCAUGUGUUGGAUUUUGCCAUAAAACUAUGAAAAAGAGACGCCUAUUCUCGCAAAUGAUUCAUUGCGUGCCUAUUUGAGUGUGAAUGUUAUAAUUUUCAUGACUCCGUAUUUUCCAGUAUGAUCGAAAUAAACCUGCAAGCACACUAAAUUGUUGUGGACACUGUAUAAAGAUGUUUGGGGGUCAAUUAUGAGCAUUACAGCUUUGUUUUAUGAUAAAAUGAUAAGUCCCCGACCCCUCUAUAUGUACAGAGAUUAUGUAUAAAACAGUUUGACCAAA